AACUUGUACAUCGUUUGGUUGAUAUCUUCUGCAGUUGUGUUCAAUGGAGUUAAUAUUGCUCGCUCUUUGAGUGCUGUUCUGGAAUUUCUAUCCACGUGGCCUCGUCCUCCUCUGGAAGGGUCUUGGAAGUGUGUAAACGGUGCAGGUUUCCCAGAUGUAGGACCGAUUUAAAGUAGCUUGUACAAUGUCAGGUCGUUUACCUUUCGGUACAACUGGAAGUACCUGACGGAAGUCCCCACCCAUGAGCACUGUUUUCCCUCCAAAUGGCUUGUUUGUUGCUGACUUGUCCUUAAAAGAGAGAAUGUCUUUGAGUGUGCGAUCUACUGCUUCAAAUGCGAACUUGUUGGCCAUUGGAGCUUCAUCCCAUAUUAUCAAUGAGCAAGCUGUCAGUAGGCCGGCUAGUUGUGAUUGUUGCCGUAUGGAACAUGUUGUGCCGUCAAAUAAUUCUAUCGGGAUGUCAAAUCUGCUGUGGGCUGUGCGGCCGCCUGGUAAGAGCAGUGAUGCAAUUCCUAGUAUUUUUAUAAACUGUUAGUUAAAAAAGGGAUGGGUUAAUAUUUUUUUUUCGUGGUGUUUAUAGUGGGUUUGAUAGCUUAGUAAACGGUUAUACAUAGU